GUUUAUCUAAUCCAAGAUGAUGUACACAUCAUUUUGCAACUAAUCUUAGAUAAAAACAACUUUAACAAUUUCAUAGAAAAUCUAAGCGGCAUCAUAUAUAGCACCAAAUAAAUCAGAAAUUUGUAUUCUGCAAACGAAAUCCAAAAGAGAAGGAAACACUGCACUGCAAUGAAGUUCUUAAUUGGUUUGUUCUUAGCUCUUGUAAGCUUCCUUGCAGUAAGUAAUGCCGAAAAACCAGCUGAAUGUUUUCUACCCGAUUCGGUUAAUGGAAAUGGAAUAAUAUCUUGUGAUGGAUUAUUUCCAUCUUAUACAUACAAAUUAACUGAGAACAUUUGUGAAGAAUUUAUUUAUGGAGGAUGUGGAGGAAAUGAUAACCGAUUUUUUAAUCUUGAAGAGUGCGAAACUAGAUGCGUCAGUGAGUAAUGCGGAGAAAAGAGUUCAAAUUUUAAAAAUUUCAAGCAAUAAACGUUAUUAAAAAUAAGAA